GAUGGCCCCCAGGUAAUGUCCAUCUUCCUCUCUCCAGGCUCCGAAAAGCGACCAUCUCUCAGAUUUGAAGCUGAAAACAUCUCCAACUACACAGCCCUUCUGCUGAGCAGGGAUGGCAGGACUGUGUACGUGGGUGCCCGUGAGGCCCUCUUUGCUCUCAACAGCAGCGUCAGCUUCCUGCCAGGCGGGGGGUACCAGGAGCUGCUGUGGAGCGCUGAUGCCGAGAGGAAACAGCAGUGCAGCUUCAAGGGCAAGGACCCACAGCGGGACUGUCAAAACUACAUCAAGAUCCUCCUGCCUCUCAACAGCAGCCACCUGUUCGUCUGUGGCACAGCUGCCUUCAGCCCUGCAUGCACCUACAUUAACAUGGAGAACUUCACUCUGGCCCGGGACAAGGUGGGGAAUGUCCUCCUUGAAGAUGGCAAGGGCCGUUGUCCUUUUGACCCCAAUUUCAAGUCCACGGCCCUGGUGGUUGAUGGUGAGCUGUACACUGGAACAGUCAGCAGCUUCCAGGGGAAUGACCCGGCCAUCUCCCGGAGCCAAAGCCUCCGCCCCACCAAGACCGAGAACUCCCUCAACUGGCUACAAGACCCAGCGUUUGUGGCCUCAGCCUACAUUCCCGAGAGCCUGGGCAGCUUGCAGGGGGACGACGACAAGAUCUACUUCUUCUUCAGCGAGACUGGCCAGGAAUUUGAGUUCUUUGAGAACACCAUUGUGUCCCGCAUCGCCCGCAUCUGCAAGGGCGACGAGGGGGGCGAGCGGGUCCUGCAGCAGCGCUGGACGUCCUUCCUGAAGGCCCAGCUCCUGUGCUUGCGGCCUGAUGAUGGCUUCCCGUUCAACGUGCUGCAAGACGUCUUCACACUGAGCCCCAGCCCCCAGGACUGGCGUGACACCCUCUUCUAUGGGGUCUUCACAUCCCAGUGGCACAGGGGGACCACAGAGGGCUCUGCUGUCUGUGUCUUCACCAUGAGGGACGUGCAGAGGGCCUUCAAUGGCCUCUACAAGGAGGUGAACCGUGAGACGCAGCAGUGGUACACCGUGACGCACCCCGUGCCCUCGCCCCGGCCGGGCGCGUGCAUCACCAACAGUGCCCGGGAAAGGAAGAUCAACUCGUCCCUGCAACUCCCCGACCGGGUGCUGAACUUCCUCAAGGACCACUUCCUGAUGGAUGGGCAGGUCCGCAGCCACCUGCUGCUCCUGCAGCCCCGGGCCCGCUACCAGCGUGUGGCGGUCCAUCGCAUCCCUGGCCUGCACCGCACUUACGACGUCCUCUUCCUGGGCACCAGUGAUGGCUGGCUGCACAAGGCAGUGAGCGUGGGCUCUGGAGUGCACAUCAUCGAGGAGCUGCAGAUCUUCUUACCAGGACAGCCUGUGCAGAACCUGCUCCUGGACACUGACAGGGGACUGCUGUAUGCUGCCUCACACUCUGGCAUGGUCCAGGUGCCCAUGGCCAACUGCAGCCUGUACCAGAGCUGUGGGGACUGUCUGCUCGCCCGGGACCCCUACUGCGCUUGGAGCGGCUCCCACUGCAGGCACAUCAGCCUCUACCAGCCUGAGGUGGCCUCCAGGCCAUGGAUCCAGGACAUUGAGGGGGCCAAUGCUAGGGACCUCUGCAACACUUCCUCCUCCAAGGGCCGAUCUUCUGUAACAACAGGUGAGAAGCCAUGCAAGCAAGUCCAGUUCCAGCCCAACACGGUGAACACCUUGGCCUGCCCCCUCCUCUCCAACCUGGCAACCCGGCUCUGGCUGCACAAUGGAGCCCCAGUCAAUGCCUCGGCCUCCUGCCGCGUGCUGUCCACUGGGGACCUACUGCUGGUGGGCAGCCAGCAGGAGCUGGGGGUGUUCCAGUGCUGGUCACUGGAGGAGGGCUUCCGGCAGCUGGAGGUCAGCUACUGCCCAAAGGUAGUGGAAGAAGUGGUGGCAGACCGAGCAGACCAGAGCGGCAGUGUGCCUGUCAUCAUCAACACAUCCCGAGUGAGCGCACCGGCCGGUGGCAGGGCCAGCUGGGGUGUGGACAAGUCCUACUGGACCGAGUUCCUGGUGAUGUGCGCGCUGUUUGUGUUUGCCAUGGUGCUCCUCAUUUUAUUCUUCCUCUACCGGCACCGGGGCGGCAUGAAAGUCUUCCUGAAGCAGGGGGAGUGUGCCAGCGUGCACCCCAAGACCCGGCCUGUGGUGCUGCCACCUGAGACCCGGCCGCUCAAUGGCGUGGGCCCCCCUAGCACCCACCUCGACCACCGAGGCUACCAGGCCCUGUCAGACAGCUCCCCAGGGCCCCGGGUCUUUACAGAGUCAGAGAAGAGGCCGCUCAGCAUCCAGGACAGCUUCGUGGAGGUGUCCCCAGUGUGUCCCCGGCCCCGGGUCCGCCUGGGGUCUGAGAUCCGGGACUCCGUGGUAUGAGAGCAGACUUCCAGAGGCGGCCACCCUCUGGGGGCCGGGAAAGGUUAGAGGAGUUCGCUGGACCUCUGCUCCUCAUGGACCACCACCGUGGGGCCCAGCCCCUGGGAAUGAUGGAGCCAGCCGGCCUGCUGCCAAGUAGCAAGGCCCCCUCCAUGCCAGACGGCCAUGGCCCCACAGGUCCUGGCUGAAGAUGGGGGCCUGCCCAGGUGGGCAGAACAGUGCUCCUUAUGUAAACUGAGCCCUUCGUUUAAAAACAGUUGAAAAUGUGAAACAAGAGUGAGAAGAGUGAGAGACAACACAGGAGUGCCACGCACACAGCCAACCCAGUUCGCAGCCUCCCAGCCUCGUGGGGGCCUUGGGCUCACCCAAAGUGGUUGCUGGAGACACCAACUGGCCUCUUCUACCUUCAGCCUUACCCUACUGCCACAGGCUGCUCCUCACUGCAGAGCCGGGGCCAUCUGGGCUCCGGUGGGUCCUCCUGUGCCAGCUAGCCAGGUUGUUGCAGCUGUCAUCCCGUCACCUCAGGGACCGGAGGGCCGUGCUGGCACCACAGCCCUCAGGAAGCUCUGGGCCUGGACCCACCUCCUGGACCUCUCCGGCCUGUAUCAGGCUGUGGCCACAGGAGAGAGGGCAGCGUGAGCCCAGGAGAGAGUACGUGACAAUGCUUACCUUCGCUCGGAAUUCCAGGAAGAGACGGUUGCCUGCCUUCCUCUAUCC